UAAAACGGUAGCGCCGCCCGCUCGCAUAAAAAGCGAAAACCGAACCGUUUCAUCGGGCGUAGGGUUUUGCUCUUCUUUUCUUCCCAUUCUCUUCUUUACUACCUCGAAGUUCGAACAGAGUGCCUGUCUGAGAGGGAGAGAAGACUAGACCUGACGAUGGCACAGUCAUUAGAACUGCUUCUAAUUCAGUUCCUGAUGCCAGACAACGAUGCCCGGAGACAGGCCGAGGACCAAAUUAAGCGAUUAGCGAAGGACCCACAAGUUAUACCGGCGUUGGCUCACCACCUCCGAACCGCCAAGACCCCCAACGUCAGGCAGCUCUCAGCCGUUCUCCUCCGCAAGAAGAUCACUGGCCAUUGGGCUAAGCUCUCUCCUCAGCUCAAGCAAUUGGUCAAGUCUUCCCUCAUUGAAAGCAUCACGCUCGAACAUAGUCCACCCGUGAGGCGAGCUAGUGCAAAUGUGGUGAGUAUCAUUGCAAAGUAUGCUGUCCCAGCAGGUGAAUGGCCGGAUUUGCUGCCCUUUCUGUUCCAAUGCAGUCAGAGUGCACAAGAAGAUCAUAGAGAGGUGGCAUUGAUACUUUUCAGCUCUUUAACAGAAACAAUUGGUAGUACAUUCCAACCAUAUUUUUCAGAUCUACAAUCUCUUCUACUCAAGUGCCUUCAGGAUGAGACCAGUACACGUGUCAGAGUUGCUGCCCUCAAGGCAGUUGGUUCUUUUCUAGAAUUCACUCAUGAUGGGGCUGAAGUGGUCAAAUUUCGAGAAUUUAUUCCCAGCAUUUUGAAUGUAUCACGGCAUUGCCUUGCCAAUGGCGAGGAGGAUGUUGCAACAAUUGCUUUUGAAAUCUUUGAUGAGCUCAUUGAAUCUCCUGCACCUCUUCUUGGAGAAUCUGUGAGAUCUAUUGUACAGUUUUCUCUGGAGGUCUGCUCAAGUCAAAAUUUGGAAUUGAAUACUCGACAUCAGGCUAUACAGAUAAUUUCAUGGCUUGCAAAGUACAAGUACAAUUCCUUGAAAAAGCAUAAACUGGUCAUCCCCAUCCUACAAGUUAUAUGCCCUUUACUUGCAGAAACUCAGGGGGAUGAAGAUGAUGACCUUGCAUCUGAUAGAGCUGCUGCAGAGGUUCUUGACACAAUGGCUUUGAAUCUUUCCAAGCAUGUUUUUCCUCCUGUUUUUGAGUUUUCUUCAUUAAGCAUCCAGAGCACUAACCCAAAAUAUCGGGAAGCUUCAGUGACAGCAUUAGGUGUCGUAUCAGAAGGAUGUUUUGAGUUGAUGAAAGAUAAGUUGGAACCCGUUCUUCAUAUUGUCUUAGGAGCUUUGAAGGAUCAAGAACAAAUGGUAAGAGGGGCUGCAUCAUUUGCAUUGGGUCAAUUUGCAGAGCAUCUGCAGCCUGAGAUUAUAUCACACUAUGAAAGUGUACUUCCUUGCAUUUUAAAUGCCCUUGAAGAUGCAUCUGAUGAAGUAAAGGAAAAAUCCUACUAUGCAUUGGCAGCAUUUUGUGAGAACAUGGGUGAGGAAAUACUUCCUUAUCUUGAUCCUUUGAUGGGGAGAUUGCUUGCAGCACUUCAAAAUAGCCCCCGUAAUUUGCAGGAGACAUGCAUGUCUGCUGUUGGUUCUAUAGCAGCUGCUGCAGAACAAGCUUUCAUUCCAUAUGCUGAGAGGGUUCUCGAUAUGAUGAAAGUUUUCAUGGUGCUUACUAAUGAUGAGGACCUUCGUUCACGAGCAAGGGCAACUGAACUAGUUGGCAUUGUUGCAAUGGCUGUUGGAAGAACAAGGAUGCAACCAAUAUUACCUCCUUUCAUUGAAGCAGCAAUUUCUGGUUUUGGAUUGGAUUUCAGUGAACUUAGAGAAUACACUCAUGGGUUUUUCAGCAAUGUUGCUGAAAUUAUGGAUGAUGGCUUUGUGCAGUACCUUCAACAUGUUGUGCCUCUUGCAUUUUCUUCAUGCAAUCUUGACGAUGGCUCUGCAGUAGACAUUGAUGAUUCUGAUGGUGAUGGAAGUGUUAAUGGAUUUGGUGGAGUUUCUUCUGAUGAUGAUGCUCAUGAUGAACCAAGAGUGCGCAACAUUAGCAUAAGAACAGGGGUUUUGGAUGAAAAGGCAGCAGCAACUCAGGCCCUUGGACUGUUUGCACUGCAUACAAAGAGUUCAUAUGCACCCUAUUUGGAGGAGUCAUUGCAGAUAUUAGUGAGGCAUUCUGGGUACUUUCAUGAGGAUGUCCGGCUUCAGGCAAUUAUUGCUUUGAAAUAUAUGUUGACAGCAGCACAGGCAGUCUUCCAAGGCCACAAUGAAGGACAGACAAAGGCAAAAGAAUUUCUUGAUAAUGUGAUGAAUAUCUACAUCAAGACAAUGACAGAAGAUGAUGAUAAAGAAGUUGUUGCUCAAACCUGUAUGAAUACAGCAGACAUCAUCAAGGAAUAUGAAUACAUGGCACUUGAGCCUUAUAUACCUAGGCUUGUUGAGGCAACUUUAAUACUACUGCGAGAAGAUUCAGCUUGUCAGCAAGCUGAUUCUGAUAGUGAUAUCGAUGACACUGAUGCUGAACAUGAUGAAGUGCUCAUGGAUGCAGUAUCUGAUCUCCUUCCUGCAUUUGCAAAAUCCAUGGGACCUCAUUUUGGUCCUAUCUUUGCAAAUCUGUUUGAACCUUUGAUGAAAUUUGCAAAAGCUUCACACCCUCCACAAGAUCGUACCAUGGUGGUUGCCUGUCUUGCUGAAGUUGCCCAGGAAAUGGGCUCUCCAAUUGCAGGCUAUGUUGAUAAUGUAAUGCCCUUGGUAUUGAAAGAACUGGCAUCACCAGAGGCAACUAAUAGAAGGAAUGCUGCAUUUUGUGUGGGUGAGUUGUGCAGAAAUGGAGGAGAGCCAACCCUGAAAUACUAUUCAGGUGUACUUCAUGGACUUUACCCAUUGUUCGGAGAAUCUGAACCAGAUAAUGCCGUAAGAGAUAAUGCUGCGGGUGCAGUUGCAAGGAUGAUUAUGGUGCAUCCUGAGUCUAUCCCUUUGAAUCAGGUUCUCCCAGUUUUUCUUAAAGUUUUACCAUUGAAGGAGGAUCACGAGGAGUCUAUGGCUGUAUAUAGUUGUGUUUCUAAUCUAGUAUUAUCUUCAAAUCCCCAUAUCCUGCCUCUAGUCCCAGAGUUGAUCCAUCUUUUUGCUCAAGUGGUGGCAUCUCCGUCUGAAACUCCCGAGGUUAAGGGUCAAAUUGGCAGAGCUUUCUCUCACAUAAUUUCCCUAUAUGGCCAUCAGUUGCAACCCAUCUUAAGCAAUCUUUCACCUGCACAUGCUAAUGCUUUGGCUGCAUUUGCACCCAAAAGUUGACUAAGCCAAAGAGGACCUUGUUCCUUUCUUUGGAUAUAUUUCACCAUCCAGUUGGCUCCAGAGAAUGGUUUGUUUUGCUCAUUUUGAGUCAAGAACAGUUAAAUAUUAAUCAUCAUACCAAGGUUUUUCUGUCCAGCUACGACUAGUGCCUUCAUUUUUCCCCACCUGGAGACACUGCUAUUUCUUCAAGUUGGUCGUAAAUUUGAGGUUAUUUUUUUAUGAUUGUUUAUUUAUUGUUUUACCUUUAUUUACUUCUGUGUGCUUGUGUGCUUUUUUCUCCAUUAUUUAAUUUUUGUUUUUAUAUUUAGCUUAUGUAGAAGUCAUAUGGUUUGUGAGAGGAUUGUGCAGAUCAUUGUGGGCUGUCUCUAUCCUCUAUGAACAAUAAGGGUGGAAUCCUACCCAUUCAUGUGUUAUACAUACAUUAGAAGUAUUAAUAUUAAUUUGCGAUAGAACACAUAUCAAUAUUAAUUGGUGAUGUAUAAAGUUUCAUCUCA